AUGGGCUUCGACAUGACCAAGCUGAUCCCCUCGGACCAGGCAUUCUACGGCAUCAUCCUGGGUGCUGGCUCAACUCCGGUCACCAAGGUCACCCUCCCGGUCACUUUGGGCACUCGGGACAACUACAGGACGGAGUCCAUCAUCUUUGAGGUGGCACCAUUCGAGACCUCCUACCACGCCAUACUUGGGAGACCAGCUCUCACCACGUUCAUGGCGAUCCCGAACCACACGUAUCUUCUCCUGAAGAUGCCGGCUCCAAACGGAGUCCUCUCCAUCUGCAGUGACAUCCAGACGUCUCACUCCUGCAAGACAGAAAACAUCAACACUGCCGAAGCUUUGGAGAGGAGCAACAACUAG